AACAACAGUUUUCAUUUGAAAAGUACCGUUAUCCAGAUUGUUGUCCUUUUUUCACGUGCCUCUCCCGAACACAAAAGAAAAGUUUUUCCGCGUCUAUUCGGAUUUUCUUGUGCAAUGUGAUCUAUUUUCAUCAUACAACGUAGCAAAUGGUUCCAACGCGCUUCGCUCCGCGCACGGGUCUGCCCGCCCCGACCGGCUUCGGCAACCAACGCCGCUCACAUCCUCCUCCGACGAACUGCGCACCGUCGUGGUCCUCCUCCAAUGGAUUCCCGUUCAAAAUGCCCGGCGUCCCACAGCGGGCCCGUCCACCCGGUCUUCCACGGGGAACCGGGCCAUCCACGGGCUGGCGACAGGCUGCCCCGCGGGGACCGCCCCCACCUCGGCCGCAGAUUGCUCCGGUGGUCGGUUCUACGACGGCUGCGGCUAGAAGUGUUGGGAACACAACGCGGGACAAUCUGAUGAGUAUGGACGAUACGCUGCUGAACGCGGUGGAUUUGGUCGGAAUUGAGCGGAUGGCCAGCCAGGAGGACACACAACCCGUCGUGUUCAAGAAGCCGGAACAGACCCGGGCUGGUUUUAUGUUGCAAGCUGCCCGCUUGCGUCCGCUGUCUCCGGCCGCCAAGUCACCGUCACCGAAGAAGGCUCGCUCGUCCGGUCCAAGCCGGUACAUCGUGCUGGACAUUUCGCAGAAGGAUUCCCCUGACGGAGCGAAGUCCGUUCAGGAUGGUUGGCUCAAUCGGAAGGAAUCGCCGCCCGGGAAGCUCUCCGCGACCAUCCCGAACUCGCGCAAGUCGCUGUUCGAGUCGCGGAUCUCCACGCCAAAGCGCAAGAGCUCGAACGAGGUUGUGGCGUCAUCGAGCAAGCCGAAGAUCCCGAAGGAACCGACCGUGGAUAUGUUCCAGCUGGACUCGCAAGCCUUCGACGACUGGGAGAGCGAGCAGAUGGAACUGGUGUUGCCGAAGGCGAAGCCUUUGGAGGCGGUCGUUCAGCAGGUCGAUGACGACGAUGAUUACUUCCCGAGCUACCAGGAGGCCGUCGAUCCCAACUGCAGCCAGUUAUUCCUAGAGGAAGUCGAUCGCAACGGGAAGAAGCCUCUGACGCAGGUCGGAACGCCGCUCCGUUCCCCCGAAGUGCACUCGAUCGUGAAGAACAGCGCAACCUGCUCGCAGUACAUCCGGCUCGAGCGCUCCAUGAUGGAGGAGAACAACGCGAACCUGCUGGACGACGUUGUGGACAGUCAGCUGGCGCGGGAGUUCGAUUCGUCCCAGCAGCGCCAGCAGAUCAUGGGCGUGUUCAACGAGUUUGAACGCACCCUGCUGGACACGAGCAACGUCGAGUUCAACGACCCGCCGCCGCCGGAGGUUGAUGCGGACCUGGCCGAAAUCAACUGGGAGGAGGAUGUGACGAUCGCGGCCGAGAAACCGUCGAACCGAUCCCGGCUGGCGCACAUUUUCGGCAAGCAGGCGAGCGUGGGUUCGCCGAAGCUGGUGGCUCGCAAGUCGGCACCGCUGGUGUCGUCCCACUUUAAGGACAUGGGUCCGUACUUCGGGCUGCCGACGCAGGUCAAGCGCCUGAUUGCGAAGUAUCGCGGGAUUGAGGAGUUGUACGAUUGGCAAAAGGAGUGCCUCGGGCUGACGGCGAUCGUCGAGCGGCACAACCUGAUCUACGCGCUCCCGACGAGCGGCGGGAAAACGCUCGUCGCCGAGAUCAUCAUGCUGCGCGAGGUGAUGCUACGGAACCGGAACGUCAUGUUUAUCGUUCCGUACGUUUCCAUCGCGCAGGAAAAGCUGGCCGCCCUGGCACCGUUCGCCGUCGAUUUGGCCUUCCUGGUGGAGGAGUACAGCGGCGGCAAGGGGGCGAUUCCGCCGCGGAAGCGCAAACACAAAAACUCGAUCUUUGUGUGUACGAUCGAAAAGGCGUUGGUUUUGAUGGACGGGUUGAUUGAGGUUGACCGGGCGAACGAGGUCGGGUUGAUUGUGAUUGACGAGCUGCACAUGAUCGGGGAGGAUCGUCGGGGAGUGCACUUGGAGGUGCUGCUGACGAAGGUGAAGGCCAUACAGGCGGGGAUUCAGGUUGUGGGGAUGAGUGCGACGAUUGGGAAUCUGGACGAGAUCGCUCGGUUUAUGGAGGCGGACAUUUACUGUCGAGAUUUUCGGCCGGUCGAGCUGCAGGAGUACGUCAAGUGCGGAACGGAUCUGUUUGAGAUCAACACGAAGGCUCGGACGUUGGAGGAGGCGUUCAAAACUAAGAAGGAGGUUGAUUUUGGCUACACGGAAGAGCAGCGUCGGGUCGACCCGGAUCACGUGAUUGCACUUGUUACGGACGUAAUACCCACGAAGUCCUGUCUGGUGUUCUGUCCGACGAAGCGGCAAUGCGAGCAGCUGUGUACCCUCAUGACGGAUUGUUUGCCCCGGGAGCUGUUGCUGCACCGGACCAAGGAGCGUGAGGAGCUGGUGGUUGCACUUCGGGCCGAAAACGACGGCGCAGACCUGUUGGCAAGUGCGUUCCUGCUGGGCAUCGCUUACCACCACUCGGGACUGUCGUUCGACGAGCGCAAGAUGAUAGAGGACGCCUACCGGCUGGGGAUCCUCUCGCUGAUCAUCUGUACGUCAACGUUGGCCGCCGGUGUCAACCUCCCCGCCAAGCGAGUCAUCAUCCGAUCCCCGUUCAUUGCAACCAACUUUACAACUCUCAGCAGGUACAAACAGAUGGCGGGGCGUGCGGGUCGCGCCGGCCUCGGUGAACCUGGCGAGAGCAUUCUAAUUUGCCAAAAGAAGGACAUCGGGGCGGUGUGCAAUCUUCUUUGCUCGCCCAUGGACGACGCCAACUCGUCGCUGCACUCCGACAACGGCAACUACCUCAAGAACCUAAUCCUCAGCUCAAUCGGACUGGGACUGUGCUCCACCCGAAACGACGUCCAAAAAUUCAUGGCCAAAACUCUGCUGGCGCUGCAAGCCGAACGGCUCGGUGUUGACCUGCGUCAGCUGACCGACCGAACGCUGCAAACGCUCUACAAGGAGAACGCCAUCCAGGCCAAGAGUGACGGGUGCAAGAAGACCCCCGUCAACAUGACGAUUCGAUUCGACGAAACCGAAAGCAGCCAGGCCGAACCGGCAAACGAGAGCGCCCAGAUCCAUGAGUUGCACGUAACGCGCGGAGCGAAAGGCACCUCGGACGAGGGAAAACUCGUGAAAACGAUGAAGAAAAAUACCCGACUGGUGAUCAACGAACUGGGCAAGGCCGCAAUACGGGCGGGCUUUCACAUGGACAAAGCCCGCCGAUUCUACGACGAGAUGGAGCGCAUCGGGGAGCGGUUAAACGUGCUCGACCAGUACCACCUGCUGUACGUGAUCGUGCUCGAGGACGACGGAACGCUGCGGCCAACGGACGCGGAUCUAAAAGCGUUUGUCGCCUUGAUCCAGCAAGAGCAACGUCUCGCUUUCGCCCAAAGAUUUCACGUUGGCGAGAUCACAGUACAAAAAAUGAGCAGUUGCAUACGGUUUCCGGCCGACCUGCGCAACACCGUCAACCGCUUCUUCCGGAUGACGAUCGUCAGCGAACUGUGGGACCUCGUACCGCCCCAGCGGGUCGCCCGAAAGUACAAGCUCGACGCCGGCUCGGUCCAGCAGCUCAUGACGAACGUGGCGUCGACCGCGUCCGGACUGCUGCGCAUGACCGAGCAGCUUCCGAAACUGUGGGCCUACCGCCAGCUGCUCGCCACCAUGACCCAGCGGCUGUCCCACUGCUGCACGAUCGAACUGCUGCCGCUGAUGGAGCUGCCGGGUGUUAAAAUUGCACGCGCAAAGCAGCUCUGGAGGGCGGGCUUCACCUCCUUGGCAUCGAUAGCGGCCGCUAAGUCAAGUGAUCUGGUGACAAUGGUAGAGUACAUGAACCAUCGCAACGCGAGUCAGCUCAUCAUGGCCGCCAAGGCCAAACUGAUGGAACAGGUCGAGGAACUGCGGGACAGAGUCGAGGACUACCUCCAGGUGAUUCGGUAGCUGGCUCCGGGGGAUGAUGAUAACGAGACGACAAACUACAACGGCCUCUCGUGGUCGGCAAUAAUUUACGCAGUGAUCUUUUAGACAAUCGUUGGGCGGGUUCGAUUCACUUGUUAACGCUUUUUCGUUAUGAUAUUAUUAAAUUAAACACCUUUAUACAAACAUGUUUUACAAAGAAAAA